UCCCCCAGGCUCCUCUCUCCCUCUCUCCCCGGGGUUAGGCCUCUCUCCCCCCAUCUCUCUCCGCCGCCGCCCCGGUAAAGAUGCCCAAAGCCAAGGGUAAGAACAGGAGGAAGAAGUUCAACUACGAGGCCGACCGAAAAAAGAUCAGGCGACGGAUGAACAAGAAAGCGGCCCCGCGGAUCGAAUGCGAUCAGAUAAGGAGAGCGUGGGACCAGAAUAAAUCGGCUGCUCAGAAUUUAGCUCAAAUGGGUUUGGCAAUGGACCCGAACAAGACGCUUCCCAUCAAGAAAGGCAAGAUACAGGGAAUGGCCUCUGCCAGAGAGGAAACCAUUAUAUUAAAGCCUUACGUCAUUAACGAGCUAGAAGCAGAGGCUAACCUCCCAGAAGAGAAAAAGACUUCACUCUCCAGAGAUCUGAUUGAUUAUGUUGAGCACAUGAUCACAAACUACAAGGACAAUUACAAGGCUAUGGCAAGAGACGAGAAGAACUAUUACCAGGACACACCAAAUCAAAUUAGGAAAAAAAUUGAAGCCUACAAAAGAAUUCACCCAGAUGAGCAUGCUGCAUUUUUGAAAUCCUUGGCAAAAGAUGAGAUGGAAACAUCUUAAAGACUGGACUUGUAAUUUUUUAAAAUAAAACAAUAUAUGCCAGAUAAAAAAA